GAGCCAGAACCGGAGCCGGAGGCAGCGCCCAGCCCCGCCGCUGCCAGAGGCUCGGCGCUUGCCGGACGGGGCGGACGGCGGCUCCCGGCGGGAGCAGCGAGGGGGGCGCCAUGGCCGACGUGUUCCCGGGCCCCGAGCCCGGCGCGGCCCCGGACGUGGUGCAGCGCUUCGCUCGCAAGGGAGCCCUGAGGCAGAAGAACGUGCACGAGGUGAAGGAGCAUAAAUUCACCGCGCGCUUCUUCAAGCAGCCCACGUUCUGCAGCCACUGCACCGACUUCAUCUGGGGAUUUGGGAAACAAGGAUUUCAGUGCCAAGUUUGCUGCUUUGUGGUUCACAAGAGGUGCCAUGAAUUUGUUACCUUUUCUUGUCCUGGUGCAGACAAAGGGCCUGACACUGAUGAUCCCAGAAGCAAACAUAAGUUUAAAAUCCACACAUACGGAAGCCCGACUUUCUGUGACCAUUGUGGAUCAUUACUUUAUGGACUUCUACAUCAAGGGAUGAAAUGUGACACUUGCGAUAUGAAUGUUCACAAACAGUGUGUAAUAAACGUCCCAAGUCUGUGUGGAAUGGAUCACACAGAGAAAAGAGGAAGGAUUUAUCUGAAAGUUGAAGUCAGUGGUGACAAACUGCAAGUCACAGUACGAGAAGCAAAAAACUUAAUCCCUAUGGAUCCAAACGGACUUUCAGAUCCAUAUGUGAAGCUGAAACUUAUCCCUGACCCUAAGAAUGAAAGUAAACAAAAAACAAAAACUAUCCGUUCCACUCUAAACCCACAUUGGAAUGAGUCAUUUACAUUUAAAUUGAAACCUACGGACAAAGAUCGACGGUUAUCUAUAGAAGUUUGGGACUGGGAUCGAACAACUAGAAAUGAUUUCAUGGGAUCUCUAUCAUUUGGGGUGUCAGAGCUUAUGAAAAUGUCAGCGUGUGGAUGGUACAAGUUGCUUAAUCAAGAAGAAGGUGAAUACUACAAUGUCCCAAUUCCAGAAGCUGAUGAUGAUGGAAAUGUGGAACUCAGACAGAAGUUUGAGAAAGCCAGACUUGGGCCAGCUGGUAACAAAGUCAUUACUCCAAUAGAAGACAGGAUUUCCAAUAUACCAUCCAACAACCUGGACAGUGUGAAGCUGACAGAUUUCAACUUUCUCAUGGUGCUUGGGAAGGGGAGCUUUGGAAAGGUGAUGCUGGCAGACAGGAAGGGGACGGAGGAGCUGUAUGCAGUCAAAAUAUUGAAGAAAGAUGUGGUGAUUCAGGAUGAUGAUGUGGAAUGUACCAUGGUUGAAAAACGAGUCCUAGCGCUGCAGGAUAAGCCACCUUUCCUAACCCAGCUGCAUUCUUGCUUCCAAACAGUUGAUCGUCUGUACUUUGUUAUGGAGUAUGUGAAUGGUGGUGACCUCAUGUAUCACAUUCAGCAAGUAGGAAAAUUUAAGGAGCCACAGGCAGUGUUUUAUGCAGCUGAGAUUUCAAUUGGGCUAUUCUUUCUCCAUAAAAGAGGAAUUGUUUAUAGAGAUCUGAAAUUAGAUAAUGUGAUGUUGGAUUCAGAAGGACACAUAAAGAUUGCAGAUUUUGGGAUGUGCAAAGAACAUAUGGCAGAUGGCGUAACAACAAGGACAUUCUGCGGCACUCCAGACUACAUUGCACCAGAGAUUAUUGCUUAUCAGCCUUAUGGAAAAUCAGUAGAUUGGUGGGCCUAUGGCGUGCUGUUAUAUGAGAUGCUAGCGGGCCAGCCUCCAUUUGAUGGGGAGGAUGAAGAUGAACUCUUCCAGUCCAUAAUGGAGCAUAAUGUGUCCUAUCCUAAAUCGCUGUCCAAAGAAGCUGUUUCUAUCUGCAAAGGGUUAAUGACAAAACACCCUGCAAAAAGGCUUGGCUGUGGGCCUGAGGGAGAGCAAGAUGUCAGGGAACAUUCGUUCUUCAGGAGAAUCGACUGGGAGAAACUGGAGAACAGAGAGAUUCAGCCGCCAUUCAAGCCUAAAGUGCACUUCUGUACCAAAAUGCACUGGCUUCAGUGGGCAUCGAGGUAUUCGUGUGGCAAAGGUGCUGAAAACUUCGAUAAAUUCUUUACUCGAGGACAACCAGUGUUAACACCGCCUGAUCAGCUGGUCAUUUCUAACAUAGACCAAACAGAUUUUGAAGGGUUCUCCUAUGUCAACCCACAGUUUGUACACCCAAGCUUACUAAGUAUAGUAUGAAGCUGAUAGACAUGAACAAACCACACAGUGGAAAAUGGACCUUUGCCCUAGAAUUUUUAGGCCUUUGCCUUGUUGGUUUCAGUUGGGCCUGGAAAUUGUAGAGUAAAAAGUUCAGGAGGAGGGGGAGGGAAAAGGACAUUCAUUCAGGAUUUGGCUUUGCAACAAAGAGAAGUUGUCUUAGUAGGAGCUCAUGUAAUAUACAGUGCCCAUUUAUUCACACUGCUGGCUGUAGGGUUACUCUUAUGAAGUCAGCCAUUUUUGGUAUAUUUUAAUAUAUUUGCAUAGUUUCUGUUGACCUUUUCCAGUUCCCCUCCAGCACUGGAAAAGCAUAUUAGAAAGAAUGAAACAGCAUCAAGUAGACUGAAAAAAAAGCAACCCACCUUAAAAUGGAAAGUCUUCAGCCCUUAAAUGUGGAUAGCAUGUAAUGUGAGCACUCGGCCCUGAGGGACUACUCUUCCUUUUGGUCUUCCUGAUGAAACAGCACAAGUGACUGGAAGGGAAGGGUAACUGGGGGGCGGGGAGGAGCACUGUGUAAGAUUGCUCAAAGCCAGAUGUUUCAAAACUAUUGCUUUUAGGUACCAGGUUGUUUUUUUAAUGAAAUAAAGUCGGAGUCUUGGGCUCUGAGACUCACUUGCAGACACAAAUUUAAACAGAUUUUCAGUAGCAGUCAGAUAUUUAGGACUGAUGGUAACUAGCGCACAGGACAAAUAUUAACUCAAGGAUAAAAUUGCAUAAUUAAUAGUAAUAAAAAUAAUAAUACUUGUGUUAACUUUAAUCUCCAUGAGAUUAUUCUGUGAUCCAGGGUGCCAUUGUUAGUUAUAUUAAUUUAAUUUACACCACUACUCAAGUUCAUUGUUAGCCAGUUCUACUAAUACCAGUAUUUUGCUAUAAAACUUUUUUUAACCAGAGUAUGAAACAGAACUGUAACCCCUUACAACCCACUCACGCUUAUUCAUUUAGUAGGCUGCAGAGUAGGGUAGUAGAGGAGAGCACUGUGUGCAGUAAUUUAAUGACAGUGUGGAGUUCAGAGUCACUUUCUGCUUUCCCCAAGAUAACUUAGAAAAAUAUGAGGGUUUUUUGUCUAAAUUCCACUUUAAAUAUUGGUUAAAAACCUGUGGAACUGUAGAACUGAAAUAAAAAGCAGUUAAAAAUUGUUUUAUUGGUAGAAGGGAAUGUAAUACAUUUUGCAGAUGCUUCAUGCAAUGAAUUUUGCAUGUUUAAUAAUAACCCUUAAUAAGCAAAUCUCUAUUAUUGACAUCGUAUCAAGUAUAAAGAGAGUAUUUAAAAAAUUAUAAGACAAAAUUGUGCUGUUUGUGAAGGUACUUGUUCUAAAUUAGUAUUAUUAUUUAGAUUUAGCUUAAUGUUUUAUUGCUAAUUUUUUCUGUUUUUGUUUUGUUUUUUUAUUUAGUUUAUGGAUAUGGUCAAUGGAAUAGGAUAUACUAUUUUUUUUAAAUGUAGAUCUAUUUUUAAACAGUAAUGGCUACCUGCAGGUUUUAUACAAGAUUCAUUGAUGCUUCUAUUUCACAUCUAUUACUUGCAAAAAAGAAAAUAGAUUUUCUUUAUUUGCAGUGAUGAACAUUGUAAUUGCAAUCUUGUAGCAAUCACCUGGUUAAAAUGAUUGAUAUUUCCUCUUAGAUCUUACUAGAAGAUAUUGAUUCAAAGAUUAGUAAAUACUUUUGUGCAUAUUUUGGUUCCAUGAUGGCAUGUAAAUUGGUAUAGUCAUUUCCUUUUCCUUUUCCUUUUGCCUUGCUAAUGUUAGCGAUCUUAGACAUAUUUUGCCUUCCAGAUGUGCAUGUCAGUGCCAGAAGCAUGCUGUCUCUAUUGCUGCAUGCAGAGUGAUCUACUGUUUUUUCCCCAGCAUGUAAACUUACUCUCAUGCAAAGUAAAAUAUUUCCCAUAAAAUACUUAUGAACGAAUCAGAAUCUGUAACGAAGGGUGCAAUUUCCUUAACAUCAGUUUUCUAUUACAAUAGAUCAUCUAAACUGUGCCAAAAUACUGUGGAAGGGCCCAGUCCUGUAAACUGUUACUCAUAUGAUUAUUCCUUACCUCCUUGAGCAAUCUCACAGAUUGCAGUGGAAUGAUGUCUGUGUGAAAUUCAGCCAUGUGCAGACGGCCAGUAUAAAGCUUAUGUAUCUCUUCUAGUCUCAAAAUUUGAGGGUGUCAGUGGUGCACAGUCCUCAUGACUUGUGCUGAUCUUCUGCACAGGAAUGGAUUUCACCCACAGAUACCCUAUUGCAAUUGCUGGGACCACUCUCAGAAGAAAAGGUCUACUCAUGUGAGUAUGAGUUUUUGGGAUCAAACUUGAAGUGAAUGAAAAUGGCUACUGGUAAAAUGGAACAUUCUAAGAUCUUAGAGAAGCACACUGCAAAUGAGGAGCACUAUAAACAAACCAGAGCUCAAGCUAUUGCUAAACUACAGAAAAUUUCAAACAAAAUUUAAAAUUGUUUUAGGAAUAAUAAUUUUAAAACAAAAUCUGUGUCAAAAUAGUAAGUUAUCUGCCAAACCUGAGAAUGAAUUGUCUUAUUUGUCAAUCAUAUGUAUCUUUUUAAAAACAUGGGUAUGCAACAUAAAGUAUGUGGACACCUGUAGAACUUCAUGACCUUCUACAUUAUUCUAAUCUACUAGCAUCAAACUCCUGACACGGGAUAGGGAAGCAAGGCAUCAAGCCACAUUUGAUGGUGAGUUCAGUAAGUUACUUCAGAGGCUCAGAUUUAGAAUAAGGGGCUGUUAACAUCACAGCCGCCGAUAUUGAUGGGAGCUGUCAUUAAAUGUACUCUAGGGGUACAUCUGCCCUGCAAUAAAAAACCUCCGGCACCCAGUCUCAGAGCCUGGUCAAUUGAAUUGGGCUCAUGGUGUUCAGGGCUACAAAUUCCCUGAUGUUCAAGGGAUGUUCAAGGUCAGGCUUGUGCCUGGCCUCUGAUACCCUCCACCCUUGCGAGGCUUCAGAGCCAUGGCUGCAGCCCAAAACCAAAGAUCUAUACUGCAAUUUUUAGCCGAAUCCUGCAAGCCUAAGUCAGCUGACUCCGGCCAGUUAUGGCUGAGCCAGUAGUCUUUUAUUGCAGUGUUGGUGUACCCUUGGAGUAUGAUGUUGGGCGUUAAGUAAUGGAGUAAGGAGUAAUGGAGUAAGUAAUUUGAAAAGGACAGCAGAGCACAGGAGAUCUAGAGAUGAGAGAAGCAGCUGGGGAGAAAUGGAACAGAGCCAAGCUGGACAGGAGAUUGGUAAACAAGAUAUGGAACUUGUGUUUUCCUUAAGUGAUAUCAGUUGUGAAGUGGAGCUGUGGAAUUUCAGUUGUAGACCCACAUUUUAAAUGUUAAACAGUACUGUGCCGACUGGGGCAUAGCAUUAAAGGGCUGGUCCAACAUCCAAACCUCAAAAAGAUUUGCUUUUGUUCAUUUCCUCAAGAUUUUUCAUUUUCUUAAGCACUUGCACAUGCUCUGCAGUUGGUAAGGUAAAAAACAGGAAGUCAUCUCUGAUCAUGUUACCUCAAAGUUCCUGUGUUUGGGACUUCUCCUGUCGUCUUGUGUAGGUUUUUGUAAUGCUAAAAAGGGGAACUGUGAACUCACCCAUCCUGCAAGGAUAAGGCAAUAUUGUGCAGAACUGUCUAAAAGUGACUGUCUAGACAAGUUAUCGUUAAUUAACUCCUAUACCUUACUCAUGAGGUUUCAUAUGAGCCCUGAAGUUAGGACCAGCCCUUUACACACAAUUUAAAAGGCACAUCCAGUGAUUUCCUCAUGAUUUGGAAAUGCAUUAUAGAAAGUAACACCCUACGUGUACAGCAAAAAUGUUCCUAAUACCAUUUUAAUACAGCUGUUAUUUAUUUAUCAGAUAUCUAUAUAUAGGUGUGGCUGUCCAGAGAACUUUGGUUAAAAUGAGUAGUCGUUAACAUUAAAAUGGCCUCAUUUAAGUUAGAACCUUUCCCUUUGAGACAACAAAACCCCCUGAUAUCAAGAGUUUGUAAAACUAGAACUGACAUUUUGUUGCAUUAAUAUUUAGGUGAGAGUUUUAAGAGCCUGAUUUUAUAAGUUCCUGAAUGGACUCUGCUCCUGUUGACUUCUGAAGGAGUUGAGAGUUCCCAGGACCCCCACAAUUAGGUAAUACUGACACUAUGCUGCAGCAAUUGUAUCUGCCUGUUGGAGAUUAAUUGGGCUGAGGGCCGAUAAAUAUAGAGAUGUCCCAAAGAGGUUGUUAAAAUCUCAAUUCAUAGGGAAUUUUAACUAUUGAGAAAAAGUUUUGGCUUCAGGCUGCUAAUCUGAAACUGCUUGCGAUUGACCAUGUUCCAUUUUUCCCCUAAAAAAAAAAAACAACAAACCCCUAAUAAACUGCAUAUUUUUAAAACUAGUGUGUUUUUUAAAAAAAAAAUUGCAAGUAACAUAUCUGUACAUCAUGUGUUAGAAACACUCUCUGUAGAUGCAAAACUCUGUCCAUUUCCCAGCUUGAGGCAAAAAGACAGCUGCAUUAGUGAGUAAGCUGUGAAAUAAAUGGAGUCUGUGUGUUCCUGUCUGUAGGUGAAAUCCACCCCUCUGCAGAGAGCUAGCACAAGCCUUGGAGCCACUUAAGUCACAUGUAAGCCCUUAAGGAAUGAAUUGGUUCCUAGGCCACCUCCUGGUCCUCUUCAUGGUAUGGAUUUUACUCUGUGGGCAAAAUCCUUCAAGUCUUUAUUCACGUCCUAUUGAUUUCAGUGGGAUUACUUGGGUGAGGUAAGGACUGCUACAUGAAUACGGACUUGAAAGACGGAGCCCGGUGAUCUGCACUCCAUUCCUGUUGCUAUCAACAGGAAUUGCACAUGCAUAAAGAGAGAAUACGCUGCGAACAUUAAAAAUUCCAAUGUAACUCAGGUUAGAAAUGCGGGGGAGGAGGAACGGACAUUUAGCCUUUAGACCUUUCAUAGUCUGCAGAAAUAAAAUGUGAUUUUUCUUUCACAACCUAAAUACAAUUACACUGUCAAAACCAUCUAUUAGUGAAUAAAGCAGGGGUGGGCAAACUUUUUAGCCUGAGGACCACAUCUGGGUGGGGAAAUUGCUUGCAGGGCAGGGGGUUGGGGUGAGGUGUGUAGGAAGGGGCUCAAGGCAAGGGGUUGGGGCAGAGGAGGGGUGCAGGGCAUACGAGGGGGCUCACGGAAGGGGGUUAGGGUGCAGGAGGGAUGUGGAGUGUAGGAGGGGGCUCAGGUCAGGGGCUUGAGGUUCAGGAAGGGGGUUGGGGUGCAGGAAGCAUGUGGGAUGCAGCAGGGGGCUCAGGGCAGGGAGCAGGGGUGCAGGAUGCGGCAGGGGGCUCAGGGCAGGGAGCUGGGGUGUGGGAUGCAGGAGGGGUUCAGGCUCCGGCCCAGCGCUGCUUAGCUAGAGUGGCUCUGGGGUGGCAGCGGUGCACAGUAGGGCCAGGUCAGGCUCCCUGCCUGCCAGCCCCAGCCCCGCACCGUACCACUCCGGGAAGCAGCCAGCACCACGUCCCUGCACGGCCUCAGAAGCUCCCAUUGGCCGGAGGUACCCACAUGCAAGAGCAGGGUGCGGAGCUCUCUGCUGCCCCACUCCCACCCCCACCCCCAGAGGCUGCAGGGACGUGGUGUCUCCACUUCCUGGAGCGGCAGUGGCAAUCCCGCAGGCCGGAUCCAAAGCUCCGAGGGGCUGGAUAAUAAUUUUCCUGCCUCUGGAAUUAACCUACAGCAUGUGUACACUCUGAUCCUUUAAAAUCCUUCCUAUCCUUCAGGUCAAUUCCAUUGGAAAACAACUGAGCUCCUGUAAAACAAGGGGAAAAGCCUGUCUCCUGGUAGGAAAGGUGGAAUGUUAAAAGUCCAGUGUUGCAGUUCCUGAUGACACUUAUGGGUAUUGGUAUUCUACUGUUGAGAAUAGUCCACUUCCACUUUAAUUGAAUUGUCUCGAUAGCACUGACCCCCCACUUGAUAAGGCAACUCCCAUCUUUUCAUGUACUGUGUAUAUAUACCUGCCUACUGUAUUUUCCACUCCAUGCAUCUGAUGAAGUGGGUUUUAACCCAGGAAAGCUAAUGCCUAAAUAAAUUAGUUAGUCUCUUAAGUACUCCUCGUUGUUUUUACUUAUGGGUAUGUUUCCCUUCGGUGCAUGCACAUGACUCCAGUUAAACUGAGUGGGAGUUGCAUGCAAUCAUCAAAGGGAGAAGAUACUCAAUACUAAGCAAAGCACAACAUUGGAAAUACCAGUGAUAAAUAUUUGAUAUCAUUAGAAAGAGUAUUUGUAGUAUUUGGUUUGCCGUAGCUGUGCUAACCUGCCAAGGAAUUUCUGGAAAUGUAAUAUGAUUUUGUUUGUUUUAGUCAUUGCCAUAAAUUGUUGUAUAUGGUUUUUGUUUCUUUACAAACAUCCGUGUCAAAUACAGGAACUCAGAUCUGUGCUGUUAGUUAGGGAGACAUUUAGCUACAUUAAAAAGUAAAAGACGGUAGAUAAAAGCCAAACCACUUUUUCCUUCAAUUCCCUAACUUUAGAAACUAUUUGAAAUGUUUAAAUGAAGUGUUAUACAAAAAUUGACACAGUAACCAUGUCUGAUUUCACAUCAAUGAAUAGCGGUGCCAGUAAUGAUUGGUAAUUAAAUAGCCUUAUAAUGCAUAGUCAUGCACUGAAGCCCUCCUGUUCAUAAGAAAAUCGAGAGGGGGGGAGUGCUCUCAUGUUCUGAACAUAGGUCUGGGAUACAUGAACGUGUUCUGAUCCCAGGUCGAUCACUGACUCCCUCUGUGGCCUUGGGCAAGUUACUUAACCUCUCUGCCUCAGUUUCCCCAUCUGUAAAAUGGGGAUAAUAAUACUUACGUCCUUCACCAGGUAUUGUGAGGACUACUUAGUUAAUGUUUCUAAUGCACUUUUAACAUGAAAAGUGUUAUGUAAUUGUAAGUAUUAUUAUAUUUUUUUAAUAAUAAAUAAAUCAGUUUAUUCAAUUCACAUGGUGUUGCUGGAUAUACCAUGCUAUUUAUACUUUUAUAUAACUUUAGUAAUUCUACUGAAACCAUUUAAAAGAAAUAACAUAUCUGUUUCUUAUAGGAUCUGGAGUACAGCUUAGCUCUUGUUAACUGAACUCAUAUCACAAUGUGAAGUGUUGCUUGCCAGUCGUGUAGAAGUCAAUUGCACUACCCGUUUUCCAACUACUGAGACUUUUUUGUGCAAUUUAAAAUAUUUUAGCAGAAUUGAUUGUAGAGCAAAAUUCCAUAUGGCUAAAUAAAAUUGACAACCCAGUUGUUUUCUAGUAACGCUCUGUUAUAUCUCUUAACAGGGGAGAAGUGAUCUUUUGUUUGCAGUUGUCCCAUCAGUGAGGAUUUUGUUCAGCUGGUAAUUUAACUUGCUGGGCUCCUGCUUCAUCUAGCUCCAUGCUUAGCUACAGCGUCAUAGAUAGUUCAGCUUGCAUGGAAAACAGCCCCAGAUGCUAUAUUUUUCUUCUAUCUGUGAUGACUGGCUAAAAAUUCUGUAAUGUUUAUAAAUCAUUUUAAGGAUAGAAAUGCAAAAGCAAUAGCAACAACAUUGAUCAUGUUCCAGGCCUUCGCCUGCUUCCAUUGAAGCCAUAGAGUUGGAUUUCACUCUGGUUUAUUACUGGUGUAACUUCAUUCACUUAUUUUUAAUGUCCCCUGAAGUCCAGUGAUGCAAGGGCACAAUCCCGCUGCUAGUAAACUCAGGACGUUUUUCUAUUUACUUCAAUGGGAGUCAGAAUAGGUGGUAGGUGAGAUCCAAAUCUGUUGCCCUUUUAUGUCAAUGGGAGCAGACUGGGCCGUAUACUAAUUUUUGAUUAGAAGGAACUGCAGUGAAAUCUUCAGCUAAUAGCAAGUUAUUUUUUAUAAUUUAUAAAUAGGUGAAAGAAACAGAUUUUAAGAACAAUAAUCUUUGUUUUUUAAUCUUUAUAAGCCACCAUUUUUUUUAAAAAGAAUAAUUUGAAUUGAUAAAGUAACAAACUGUUGGGUUUUUUUCCCGGUUGAACAAUUGUGCAAAAUCAGCAUUAUUUGCACCCUUGCCUUUAGGGCUCAGUCUUGCUGAUCACUUUGGCUCUGAUCCAGCCAAGCGCUUCAUGGUACUUUACUUUACUUUAAGCACAUGAGCAAUCCCCCUGAAAUUAGUACAACUACUCACAGGUUUAUAGCUCAGAAUGUACUUCAGUACAGUACUGGAUCCAGGGUCAUAGUGCUCCACACCUUGCAGAAAUGAGCCUUUAGCCCAAUUCAGAAAAGCACAUAAUCAUAUGCUUAAGUCCAUCUGUACUUAACUUCAAGCAGCACAGGCUUAAGUCCCAUUGAAGUCAGUGGGACUUAAACACGUGCUUGAGUGUUUUGCUAAAUUAGAAGCUUAGUGAGUAUUCUUGCUGUAGUAAGGCGAAGAUUUAACACUGUCGAUUUAUUUCCCCAGAAAGAGUUUCAAAUGUAUUCCCUUCUUUGAGUUACUAGAAUGAAUGUAAAAGCUUAAAAAUGCAGCUCACAAUACUUGUACUUUUAGCAAGAUAAUGUCUGUCUUUUAUAGAAUAUGCCUGAAACAUUUGAAAUCAUUGCAUUUGUUGUGUUAACAUUCUUUUAUUUUUUUAACAAGGAAUAUCACCUUGAAAUCAUUAACAGUGAAGGAUAUCAUUUUAAGACACAAACUUUGUUUUUAUAAAGAGGAGAACAUUAUUUUCUUAUUAUUUAAUUGCAAGAUACUAUAGGAAAAUGUGGAAAGGUGAUUCAUUUCUCAAAAAAUAUUGGAAGAAUAGCUGGCAAGAUUGAUGUAUAAAUUACUACAUUGUUUUUUCUUAGUUCUUUAACAUUUAAUCUUUGUUUGCAUGAUAUGCUUUUGUUAAAUAUUAAUUGUAGUUUGAAAGCAAGUGUGUCUGAAUAAAGAUACUUGAUCAUU